AUGACCAAAAAAAGGAGAGACAACGGUCAUGCCAAAAAGGGCUGGAGCCAUGUGCAGCCAAUUCGCUGCACUAACUGCGCCCGGUAUGUACCCAAGGACAAGGCCAUUAAGAAGUUCGUCAUUUGGUACACUGCCAUCAGGGACAUAUCCGAAGCAAGUGUCUUCGAUGCUUAUGUGCUCCCCAAACUCUAUGUAAAGCUGCAUUACUGUGUGAGCUGUGCUAUUCAUAGCAAGGUAGUCAGGAAUCGAUCUUGGGAAGCUCGGAAGGACCGAACACCCCCACAGCGAUUUAGACCUGCUGGUGCUGCACCACGACCUCCGCCAAAGCUCGUGUAA